CCAUCCUUGGCCACACAAACCUGGAUCAAAGAAUUCAUUUCCUAGCAGCGCAGCAAUGGAGGCAUCCUGUUUCCUCAUCUCCAAAUCCUUCAACAAAACCCUAGACCUGGUUCCAUCCCUCAAGCCCAAACUACCCAUCUUCCAUAAGAAAAGGUACAGCCAACGGCUCCAUGGAACUGGUGGGGGCCAUUCUUCUGUCUCAACCUGUUGCAAUCUGCAAGCACAAUCACCGGACGACAAUGCCGAGCCAUUACUGAAAUCAGACUGGCGAUCCUUUCGAGCAAGGCUAGUUGCUGGUGAACAUGCAUCACUUGAUUCUGAUACUGUAGAUCAAAGGCCAUCACCUACAACACUUGGUGACAAAUGGGCUCACCCCCUCCAUGAACCUGAGAAGGGGUGCCUCCUCAUUGCCACCGAGAAGCUCAACGGUGUUCACAUCUUUGAACAGACCGUUAUACUACUUCUCUCGACCGGCCCAUUGGGGCCGACCGGCAUCAUACUGAACCGGCCGUCCCUUAUGUCCAUCAAGGAGACCCAGUGGACAAAUAUGGACAUCGACCAGAUGUUCUCGGACCGGCCCUUGUUCUUCGGUGGGCCAUUGGAGGAGAGCCUUUUCUUGGUGGGCCCCCAAAGGGAGGAUGAUGGGGUAGGGAGGAGUGGAGUGUUUGAGGAAGUGAUGAAGGGGUUGUACUAUGGGACUAAGGAGAGUCUGGGAUGUGCUGCUGAGAUGGUCAAGAGGAAUGCAGUUGGGAUGGGAGACUUCAGGUUCUUUGAUGGGUACUGUGGGUGGGAGAAGGAGCAGUUGAAGGAAGAGAUAAGAGCUGGAUUUUGGAGGGUGGUGGCUUGCAGCCCAAAUGUUAUUGGGCUUGCCAGUGUUGGAAAUGUUGGACUAUGGGAGAAUGUAUUGGGCCUUGUUGGGGAAAGGAAGGUGUGGUGACCUAACUAAAAGAAGGCAAAGAGAAGAGUAGCUCUAAGCAUUUAAUUGUCUUUUGAGUAAUUCUUGAAAUGGAGGGGCCCUGGUCCAUUUAUCUGUUUACCUAACAUGGGGUCAAAUGAGACUCUUCACCACCUCACUGGAUGUAGUUCAUGUAUUCUUUUCAUUUGGUUAUUGUUAGAUUCCUAUGAUUGGCCGCCAAUUAAUAAAUCUAAUAUGUCAGGUA